AUCGACUUGCUCAAAAACACCUUCGACAAAGCAAAAGCCAGUCUGGACUUCGAUGCGUCUCCAGUCAGUAGUGUUAUCCAAUGGGAAAAGCGGCUUAAGGCCGUGGAUCAUUUUCUAACAGAGUCACGUACUGCCCUCAAUGACGUCAUCGACAAGGGGCGGAGUCUGGCGAAUAGCGGUCGUAUGGAACUCGACACUCAUCGUGCGAUAGAGAAGCUCGACGACAUCGUCGAUAUCGCCGAUCAGCUCGAAAUGGAGCUGGACGCCCAGAAAUCGGUCCUCGAUCCACUUCUGGCCCAGGCCGAAGCUGUUGACAAAGAUCGCGAAGCCGCCGAAGAGGAAAAAAAAAAAAAAGGGUUUGGGGCCACGCGGCAAGACCUUGCCGAUCGUGAUGCACAGUUUGCUGCAUUGUCGCAGCGAGCCGCUGCGAUUCACGCCGCACUACCGGGUAAGUCGAGCGCGAGCCGUGAUAGCACGCUGACAGCCCUGGGCGACAAGCUGGCGCGCCUUGAAGCGCUGCUGAUGCAGCCAGCGUCACGACCGAUGGCCAAUGCGACACCAAUUCGAACGUCGCCUGACCGGACCAGUAUGAGCAGUAUGGGCCCACUAGCGAUGGAAGUUGGUAACGUAACCGACGCCUAUACCACCGAAGAAGAGAUGAAGGACGAACAUUCAGAGGCACCUGAGGCCGUCAAGGCGAAAGCCGUUGAAGUUGCUGCUCCCAACGAAGAUAAGCCGGAGGAAAAGCCAGAAGCGACUGAAGAACAGCCUAUUGAAGAAGGUGAACCGAAUGGUGAAGGCCCCAGGCCGGAACCGCAGCCAAGGGAAAACAUCCCCACGGCCACCCAGGAUGGCGCCCCGUCGCCGAAGAUCCGCAAGAUACUUUUGCCACCAGAAAAAGUGCAACCGGAAGAAAAAGCGCCACUUGAACCCGAGCAGACUUUGGAUGAUGUCGAAGAUAUUGCAAUUGAUGAGCCAACAAUCACGGUCUCCUUUGCACGGCCGACGAUGGUCACAAUGAGCGUCGAAGAGGACCUUAGCAGUGCGGCUGAACCUCCGCCAAAAGCCCCUUCGCCCUCAGCGGAUGAGAUGGAGAAGGUGUACAAAACUUUGGAUCUCAUCGAAGAGGCCAUAACGGCUGAUGAACGAUAUCCUAUGGAAGGUGUCGAUGACUUCGAGGAAAGAUAUACGAAAAUGUCAGAUGAUCUCGAUCAAGCGCUACGGAAAGUAGAUGAGCAUCAGAUGACGAUGGACGUGCUCGAAGUGUCGCAUACACAGGAACGGGUGGAGGCGUUAAGAAAGGACUUGGAAACGCGACGACAAAAGGCCACAAAUGAUCGAGAAGAAUGGAAGAAGCUGGAGAGUGUGCUAUCGAGCGGAAAAGGGCUCGCAAUGGGCGACAAAGCGAUGGAUCGCUUCAAUGGACGGGAGACCAGUCCACGCUUGGAAGAACUUGAAGAACGACAGAAAAUCGUCGAAGAGAUGCUACCACGCGUGGACGCACUCGUCAUUGAUGCUGUUCGACGGCUGGGUUUGAUUCUGCCGCGUCUCAGCGACGGUAGUGAGCGAGCGACGGCGAUCCGUAAGCGCACACGCGACGUUGAGACGCGAUUCCGUGAACUGGUGCGAACGGUUCGUGAGGCCAGAGUUCGGCUUGACGCCAGGGCGGUUGACCAAAGUCAACUCAGACACGAUCUUGAAAAUCUACAGUUUUGGUUUGACGAAACAGCCGUCGAACUUGAUGUGGAUUUUAACCCGUAUGAUAUGAAAGCGAUUGAAGAAGCGAUAAAGGUGGCGACAGCUAAGAACGCACAGAUUGCUGAAAAGAAAGCAGCACUCAUUGCUCUGGAGAAUGCCAAAGAGCGUUUGAUAGCCCAGGCCAGUGUCGACCCAGCGGCCAAGCACGAUGUGCGACGAGGAGUUAGCGAAGUCGCGAAAAAAAUCGCUGAUUUACGCAGCGAUCUGGUCGACCGCCUACACCUACUCGCCCAGUAUAAACGUGACUGUGAAUCGUUCUGGCGACUAGUGGACGAUAUGGGGCGACGUGGCGCUGACCUACAGCGACGUUGCCAGGCCAUAAAUGAUGCCGUCAUUUUCACACCGUCACCAGACCACGUGCUGUCGUGCCGACAUGACGCAACGACGCUCAAGAACGAUAUCGCUCUCAUCAAGGAACGUGUUCAGCGGGCUAACGCCGAGCAUGUCAAGCUUGGCGGCAAGAGUGAAAAGAAGAUCAUCACUGUAAUCACGUCAUGCAACACAGCAAUAUCGUUCGCAAACGCGUUAGCUGAACCACCGGUGUCCACCGAUGAAUCGCUUCACGACUCCUCACAUUCGCAGAGUACGGUAGUAGACGCCUCGCAUCGUGAUGGUGCUAUUGCUAAAGCUUCGACAGCAGAGAUGAUCGCAGAAGAGGAAGGAGCUGUGAGUGAAGAUGAAACAAUAGAGCCUGAAUAUCAAGGCACACUGGAAUCCGUGACCGGGUCGGUUAAAGACGAAGAAAAACAGUGA